GAGCCCCCAGCUCCCGAGGACUUGGGGCAGCGGAGUUCGGCGGAGCUGCGGGAGAGGUUGAGGCGCCAGGAGAGACUUUUGCGCAACGAAAAAUUCAUUUGCAAAUUGCCCGACAAAGGUAAAAAGAUUUCAGACACCGUUGCCAAACUGAAAGCUGCCAUUGCAGAACGUGAAGAAGAGGUUAGAAGGAGACGUGAACUGUUUGAUCCUGUUAGUGUAGACUGUAAGCUAAGGCAAAAAGCAACCACAAGAGUUGAUACCGACAUAGACAAAGCCCAGAAUUCUGACCUGAUGCUUGAUACUUCAUUAGUUCUUGACUGUUCCUCUGUAGACGUCAAAUCAUCUAAAACCACCUCAGAAACACAAGGACCUGUCCACCUCACUCACCAAGGCGAUGAAGAGACUUUGGAGGCUGGCUGCACAGUGAACACAGGCGCAGCUCCCGGCAGCAGAGCCAGGGCACCCUCAUCUGAAGUUGACAAACAUCCCCCCCAAAGCCCUGUUUCAAGUCAAGCGGAAGACAUUUCCAGCAGCAUUGACAGUCUGUUUAUCACUAAGCUGCAGAAGAUCACGAUCACAGACCAGAGUGAACCCUCAGAAGAAAACACCAGCGCUGAGAACGUGCCAGGGCUCCAGACUGAGACUCCUAAGAGGCCUCAUUACAUGGAGGUGCUAGAAAUGCGAGCUAAAAACCCAGUGCCGCCACCACCUAAGUUUAAGACCAAUGUGUUACCCACCCAACAGAGUGACUCACCGAGUCACUGUCAGAGGGAUGAGUCUCCUGCUUCCUCAGAAGAGCGGCGACGCAGGGCUAGGCAGCAUCUUGAUGACAUCACAGCAGCGCGCCUUCUUCCGCUCCACCACCUGCCUGCGCAGCUGCUCUCCAUAGAAGAGUCGCUGGCCCUGCAGAGAGAGCAGAAGCAGAAUUAUGAGGAGAUGCAGGCAAAGCUCGCAGCACAGAAACUGGCCGAGAGACUGAAUAUUAAAAUGCAGAGCUACAAUCCAGAAGGGGAGUCUUCAGGGAGA